CCAGUUCAUGGGCCAGUUCCAUGACAAGCUGCAUCAGCUCCUGAAGAACCUGCUGCAGCAGUCGGGUGAGACGCGCCACCUGCUGCUCUCCUGGCUGGGUGGCUGCCUGCAGGCCAACGCUGGGCGCACCAAGAUCUGGGCCAACCAGAUGCCUGAGAUCUUCUUCCAGAUGUAUGCCUCAGACGCCUUCUUCCUCAAUCUGGGCGCCGCACUGCUCAAGCUGUGCCAGCCCUUCUGCCGGCCGCGCUCACCCAAGCUACUCACCUUCAACCCUACCUACUGCGCGCUCAAGGAGCUCAGCGAGGAGGAGCGGCGCAACCGCAAUGUGCACGCCAGAGGUGUGUGUGUGUGUGCAUACUUUUAUAUGAGUGCAUGUGUGCGUGCAUGUGUGUCUGGGUCGUUGGAUGUCCUUUUUACAUAGUUGAUUCUCUAUUUUAUGUUAGUAAAUACGAAUCUAUCGUAAUUUUCUCAUUGAUCAUUAGGUCUGGACAAAGAGACGUGUCUCGUCCCCCUCCCCCCCCAGCAGUCGGUGGAGUAUGCCCAGUCAUACAGCCUCCUUACUGAGAACCUCAUCCUCACCCAGAUGACCCUGCACCUGGGCUUCCACAGGUAACUAACUGGCCCUGUUCAGAAGGGUGCAACGUUACAGAUCAUUCAGAUAGAAUAACAAUUAUAGGAUAGAUAUGAUUGUCUUUCACGUAGAAUAGGGAAUCAUGUCAGGUCUAUUCAAUGCAUUUCUAUCUGCAAAUUUGUGAACAUAUCUCCUAACUGAAUAUACCCCUGACCUAGCAAUGCUGUAUCCAUAUGAUGAGCAUUAGUAUGUCAUCUCAGGGUUUUGGGUUUGUGCAUGAAGAAAGUUCUACUUACCAUGUUAGUACACAAUACUUUUGGUGCUGUUUUUUCUGACCCAGAUUAAGCCUGUUUCUUGACACACACGAAAAAACUCAGUGGUUCUCCAUUGAGCAUGGGUUUAAGUCCAGGAGUAUGCUCGAUCUGUGCCCGGCAACCUGGCCCUUGGAGUAGAGUUGUGAUAACGUCUCAGUGUUAUCCUUCAUAACAGCUGAGCCAUAUGUACUAGGGGUGUAACGAUUCGUUUUAACAACGAUUCGAUUUGUAUCACGAUUCGUGGUUGUCGAUACGAUUCAAGGACGAUAUUGGUUCAUUUAGAACGAUACGAUCCGAAACGAUUCAGUGACUUGAAAUCGAUUCAGUAACCUUUUAGCCAAAAAUUCAACCAGUGUGACUGAAAUAAAUACCUGGAUACUGGACAGUGCAGGUGAAGUUUCCUAGAUUCCUGUUUCUUGUAAGGACCGCAAUGGUGGCUUGAUAAUUUCUCGCUCGUCGGCUUCUCCUCUGUCGUCCGCCAUGCUAUGUUUUGUUGUCUUUGCGCCUUUGCGCUGCUGCUGGCGCGGGGCGAUGACGUCACGGAUAGGCAGACUGAAUCGAGUAAUGUUUAAAGCCUUUAUCAUUAAAAGUGCUAAGAAAAAACAUCCAUAUAAAGUCUGACGUGCUUAAAUCCAAUGGGUUAUUUCCUAGUAUCGAUACAAUCGAUUUAUUACAUUUUAAAACGAUGUUAGAUUGAUAUGUUGUCCAAAAGGCCAACUCGCCGAGCACAGAUCGAUGUAGUUGGAUCAUAGGAAUAUAAAUCGAUACAUCGAUGUAGUAGAUGGAUCGUUACACCCCUAAUAUGUACUGUAUCUAACGUUGUGAACUGGACCUCGACAAAUUCCAAUUGUUCGCUGUAACAUAUGGUUAAGAAAGUUUUAUUGUAUUGUGUAUUCUCCUUUCCUCUCCCUAGACUCCAUGAGCAGAUGGUGAAGAUGAACCAGUCGCUCCACCGGCUGCAGGGUACGUGGCGGGAGGCCCAGCUCACGGGCGGCCCGGCGGCCGAGCAGCUCCGCGAGCAGUUUGAGCGCCUAAUGACGGUCUACCUGUCGACCAAGGCAGCAGCCACUCAGCCGGGCAUGCUGCAGUGCUGCCUCAACCUGCAGGCGUCCAGCGCCACACUCCUAGUUCAACUGGGCCUCAGCAACCAGGGGCCCGAGCACAUCCAGCUCUCCUUCCCCCUGCCGCCGCUACACAACAGCCUGCUCUGUCACAUGCCAGGUAGCUGCCCCUCCCUCCCUCUGUCAGUUUACUUUUAAUUUUUUUGCAGGGAGACUUAGUCAGGGCAUUUAACUAAGGUAGGAAAGACAACCAAGUAUCACAGUCAUUGAAGGUAAAACUGUCCGUCAACCUUGCUUGUUUACUUACUUAGUUAGACCAGUCGGCCGAUGAGGAGCAAAGGCCGCCAACAACUCAACUUUUGGCAGUUUUUUCAAUGUUGCGCCAUCAACCAUGACAUCACGUUUUCAGUCAUUUGACAGAUGCUCUUAUGCUGACUUGCAGUCAGUGCGUACAAUAGAGGUGCUAAAUCAGUGGUUUUCAACCGGUGCGCCGUGGCACACUGGUGUGCCUUGAGGAACUCUCAGGUGUGCCGCAAAUGUUUUCCUAAUCUUGAUAAUUGUUUUGAACACUCACUUAUAAACAUGACCUGUGGAAAGGGUGCACCAGUGCCGCUCAGAUAAUGCAUUGAAUGGCACAUGGUUUCAUCUGUAUCGUUGUUUCAAGUCCAGUUCACUCAGGCUGUUGUUACAUUUAUAUCAUUUGAGGGGCACGCAUCACGAGCAAAGUAAUUUGUAUCAUUUUACUUCGCCUGUGAAAACCAUUAGCACAGGCAAGUCUGAUUAGGCUUAGCUGUGCCACAGCCUCUGCCAUAGAAACAAACUGAACAUGGCUUUGUGGCCGUGGUUGCACCUUUUACAAUGUAGAAAACCGCUCGUUAAAAGCUCAAUCCGUUCAAAACGGAGCUACACUUUUUAUUUAUUUCCUGCACAGAUUGCGGGACGCUCUUAAAGUUGUACACACAAAUGAAUCAUCAUUAUUUUUAUUUUUUUAAAUAUUUGUUUUAUCUUUUUAUAUAUUUUUUUGUCAUUUUUAUUUUUUGUCAUUUAGCAGACGCUCUUAUCCAGAGCGACUUACAGGAGCAAUUAGGGUUAAGUGCCUUGCUCAAGGGCACAUCGACAGAUUUUUCACCUAGUCAGCUCGGGGAUUAGAACCUUUCGGUUACUGGCACAACGCUCUUAACCACUAAGCUACCUGCCGCCUAGUAAGGAACUAUGCAAACUAUGAAAAUAGUUCAAAUAAACCCGAUUUAAUCUAUAAAAAAAUGUUUGUGACAGAAAAUAGAUUAUUUGCAGUAAGGAUCAGAUAAGAUGGAGGUCAUUACCACUAAAUUAAUUAAUAUGGACAUUUUAGGUGUGCAACAAUUUUUUAUCCCAUCAAGAUGUGCCACGCUUCAUAAAAGGUUGGGAACCACUGUGCUAAAUAACAGCAAAAUUAAUAAUAAUUUGCACAAGUCCCAAUGACAGUGCUAUAAAAGAGUUGUGAGUGAGAGAAUAACACAUAAGUAGAGAGCAGAGGAGGCUGGUGGGAGUAGCUAUAGUAGGACGGGCUCAUUGUAAUUGCUGGAAUGGAAUUAAUGGAAACAUCAAACACAUGGAAACAACAUGUUUGACUACAUUCCAGCCAUUAAAAAGAGCACAUCCUCCUAUAGCCUCUCCCACCAGCCUCCUCUGGUAGAGAGUGUAUUUAAAGGGUGGCUACUAAGAGGGGUUGGUUAUCAAAAUGAUUAUUGUACGUCUGCAGAGUUCUUUGCAGAGAACUUGGGAGAUUUCUUUGUCUUCCUCCGCCGCUUUGCCGACGAGGUCCUGGAAUCUUCUGCCGAGAGCUUGGAGCAGGUCCUCAACUUCAUCACUGUGUUCAUGGGAAACGUGGAGAGGUAGGGGAGAGAGGGGGAGGACUUGAGUUCACCCACACACACACACACACAGUACCAGGCCACAUGUUUACACCUCUGUGCAUAAUAUUCAUAUAUCCUGGUACAUAUAAAAUCCUGAGGUCUGUUUAUCUCAAUUGUGGAUCCCCAUUGGCUGUUACAACAAUCACUCUUCUGGAUGUGAUAUUCCUAAGGGGUUUAUGCGUCUACCGUUCAGAGUCAUCUGUUUUACUCUUUACCCAUGUACCCAGGAUGAAGAACCCUCAUUUGCGGGCGAAGCUGGCAGAGGUGCUGGAGGCGGUGAUGCCCCACAUGGAACCGGCAUCGUCCGGCACGGCCCAGCCAAUCAUGUUCCAGCGUCAAAGGGUCUUCUGCUCCUACCGCCACGCCCCUCACCUGGCCGAGGCGCUCAUCGCUGUGUUUGUGGACAUUGAGUUCACUGGUGGGUUUAGUGUGUGAGCAAGUGUGUGUGUGUGUGUGUGCGUCUUGCUCGCAUGGGUUUGUGUGUGCUAGAAUCUAAACCUUUGUAAUGAAGCUCAAGUGCAUGCAUGAUGUGACUUGUAUGUUAUUGACUUUUCACCUCAGGUGACCCUCACCAGUUUGAACAGAAGUUCAACUACAGGAGACCUAUGUAUCCCAUCCUCAAGUACAUGUGGGGGAAGGAGAGCUACAGGGAGAGCAUUAAGGCAAGCUUGUUUCCCUUUUUUUCUUAGUUAUUUAGAUGGUAUCACAUGUAGAGUCGUCCUUAUUGAAGACAGCAGAACACACACGGCUAUUGAUUUUCAGUUCUGCACCAAAAUGCUUACGUGGCAUGUUGUUGACUUCAGAGUCUUGCUGUUUAUGCAUCCGAGAACCUCGAGGCCAUGAAUCCUCCACUUUUCCUGCGGUAUCUGAAUCUCCUGAUGAACGACGCCAUCUUCCUGCUCGACGAAGCUAUACAGGUGAGAAACUGUCCGAAUUUAGCUCUCGUUUGAAUGAAAAGGACAUUCCUAGCAUUGACUUAUAUUGACAUAUCCAUCUCAGUAGUGGCUGGUGCCACUUUAAAUCGGCGGACGUGCUCUUUGUAAUGGCUGGAAUGGAAUCAACAAACUGUAUUAAACACAUGGUCCCAGUCUGACCGUUACUAUGAGUCGUGCUCAUCUCACCAGCCUCUACUCAUCAAUCUUUUUUAUACAUUCUUUGGGACAUAAAAGACCAUAAGAACACGAGAAAAUCAGCCCCAAUUGGUUUUCAUUUUGGAAAUCUGGUCCAAAGUAUUCCCACGCAUAAUAGAGAGAUACUGUAUAUGUGAUGGUAUACAAAUGUAAGCAAGGUUUGAAAUGAUUGUUUUAAUAAAAUAUGAUGUCUGUUUGGGCUUCUUGCAGUCAAUUUGCAGUCUACAAAUUAUUUAUAAUUAUGUUCCGGCCGCCUGACCAUCCGCUCAAGAAGAAAUUGGCCCGCGGCUGAAUCUAGCUGAUAUUCCCUGGUUUACAUGAAGAUCCUAAAUUUAAACUGUCAGAUUUUCUCACUACUUCUCUCUGUACUGGUCCUUGUCGUGGUAGUACCUGAGCAAGAUCAAGCUUCUGCAGCUGGAGAAGGACCAUGGCGAGUGGGAGGGCCUGGCUCCUGAUGCCCUCAGGGAGAAGGAGUCCAGUCUGCAGAUGUUGGGACAGCUGGCACGCUUCCAUAACAUCAUGUCCAACGAGACCAUCGGCACUCUGGCUUUCCUCACAUCAGGUUAGUUGGAGAGGGAGGAUGAAUGGAUAACAAUGAAUGGAUAAUGUCUUGGACAUACGUCUCUAUCUAGAGCUACACAAACUAUGGGUGUUUAUGUAUUUUUUUUACAUUUACAUUACAUUUUAGUCAUUUAGCAGAUGCUCUUAUCCAGAGCGACUUACAGUUAGUGAGUGCAUACAUUAUUAUUUUUUAUAUACUGGCCCCCCGUGGGAAGCGAAUCCACAACCCUGGCGUUGCAAACGCCAUGCUCUACCAACUGAGCUACAUCCCUGCCGGCCAUUCCCUCCCCUUCCCUGGACGACGCUGGGCCAAUUGUGCGCCGCCCCAUGGGUCUCCCGGUCGCGGCCGGCUACGACAGAGCCUGGAUUCGAACCAGGAUCUCUAGUGGCACAGCUAGCACUGCGAUGCAGUGCCUUAGACCACUGCGCCACUCGGGAGCAUUUUUAGACAUCAUUGUCCAGUUCAUUGAGUUAGUGAAACCAUAAGCAGAAUUAAGAGAUUGCCCUGUUAAAGGUAAAUGGCAAUACUUUAUAUUUGAUGGCACUGUGUUGUACACUGAGGAUACAAAACAUUAGGAACACCUUUUGCCCUCAGAACAGCCUCAAUUUGUCAGGGCAUGGACUCUACAAGGUGUCUAAAGCGUUCCACAGGGAUGCUGGCCCAUGUUGACUCCAAUGCUUCCCACAGUUGUGUCAAGUUGGAUUGAUGUCCUUUGGGUGGUGGACUAUUAUUGAUACACACGGGAAACUGUUGAGCGUGAAAAACCCAGCAGCGUUGCAGUUCUAGACACAAUCAAACCGGUGCGCCUGGCACCUACUACCAUACCCCAUUCAAAGGCACUUAAAUAUUUUGUCUUGCCCAUUCACCCUUUCAAUGGCACACAUACACAAUCAACUGGAUUCAGUCUGUCAUGGAAAGAGCAGGUGUUCCUAAUGUUUUGUACACUCUGUGUAAAUGAGUAUAUUGAAACUCCUACUCGCUUCUCCCUCUCCAUGAUAUCCCAGAGAUCAAGGGUAUUUUUGUGCACCCUUUCAUGGCCGAGAGGAUCAUCUCCAUGCUCAACCACUUCCUGCAGCACCUGGUCGGCCCCAAGAUGGGCGCCCUGAAGGUGAAAGACUUCAGCGAAUUUGACUUCAAGCCCCAACAACUGGUCUCCGAUAUCUGCACCAUCUACCUUAACCUGGGGUACGUUUCAAAACGACAAUAUUUCAAGGCUAAUACAAGACUCAAAAGUUUUUUGGGUUGAAAUUCGCUUGCUUUUUCCAUCCGUACUUCAGACCUGUAUUUGAAGUCGUUCAAAUAUUUUGAGCGUUUGCCUGGAGUGCCAGGUGGGUGGUGUUUGCAUGUUUUGGAUGGUUCUAUUGUGCCAGGCAAGCACAGUCAAGCAUAACUAAAUUAGUUGAAUGUUUUUUUGAAGUACCAUUUGAAUCCAUGUGUGGCAAAUAUGGUGGCUAUUUGGUUUCUAGCGACUCUAACAAUGUCUGUUUUCUCUUCGGCAGUGAUGAAGAUCAUUUCUGUGCCACUGUCCCAAAAGACGGGCGCUCCUACUCUCCCACGCUCUUCUCUCAGACUGUCCGAGUCCUGAAGAAGAUCAACAAGCCCGGAGAAGUUAUUGUGGGUUUCAGUCUCCUUGCUGACAAAAUAAAGGUUAGAUCUGUAUAAAAUCACCUUAUACUGUACCACUAUGCCCUCUCCAUACCAUAACCCUAAACAAAUAACUACUGCCUGUCUCCUGUCUUAGUCUCAUGCAGACCGGCAGCUGCAGGAUGAGGAAACGUACGCGGACGCCCCAGACGAGUUCCUGGACCCCAUUAUGUCCACGCUGAUGCUCGACCCUGUGCUGCUCCCCUCCUCCAAUGUCACGGUCGAUCGCUCGACCAUAGCACGGCACUUACUCAGGUGAGUGAUUCCCUUAGUAGAAGUAUGUCUACGUGCUGCUGGUUUAUUCCAGGGACCGUAUGCAUCAAGCAUCUCAGAAUAGGAAUGCUGAUCUAAGAUCUGGUCCCCCCCUGUCCAUGUAGUCUUAUUCAUUGUAAUCUAAAAUACAAAGUUGAUCCUAAAGCAGCAGUCUUACUCUGAGCGGCUUGAAACAUGCGGCCCGAGAUCAAGUUUUUUGUACGGUAUUGAGUAUCAAUUCAAAUUUCCCUACAGUGAUCAGACAGACCCGUUCAACCGCAGCCCCCUCACCAUGGACCAGAUCCGGCCCAACGAGGAGCUGAAGCAACAGAUCUUACAGUGGCUGGCCCAGCAUAAGCAGGAUCAGCUGCAGAUGGGCCCUAGUGGCUAG